UAAAUGGCGGCUGGGAGCAGGAGCACAGAGAUGACCUGGGGACCAUGCGGCUGCUCCUGCUGACCGUGGGGCUGAGCCUGCUCUCUGUGGCGCGAGCCCAGAAGUUUCUGCUGACUCCUGCCAGCUCACAGGAGCUUCUGGGAGACUGGCACAUCGUGCGCUGGGCAGGAGACUUGCCUAUUCCCGAGGAGAAGAAGACCCACCCGCUGCCUCCCUUCAAGUUUGUCAGAAACAAACUCAACAAGCUGGAGUUCAGGAUGAACCUCAUGAAACCCAUUGGAUGCAUUCAGUUCCAAAUGAUCCUGGAUGUAGCCUCCCAGGGCACCUUCCAAACUGGUUGGAGGCACACCAUCUCUGUCCACUUCUUGCCAGGGAAGGAUCACGCCAUUGCCUACUUCAAGGGCAAGAUACAGCAAACCUACCAGAUGACGAUGCUCAUGGGCCGCACCCUGGAGGAAGACCCAGAGGCUCUGAGCAUCUUUGAGAAGUUUGUGAAAGACAAAGGGCUGACCAAGAUCACCGCCCCUCCCCACCUUGGUAACCAGGGCCCUCCUUUCUCCUCCCUUCACCUGUGAUCUCCGUCACCAGCGGCUGGGCCUUUGGGUCUCCUUCCUCCUAUUAGAUGGUGACCACCUGUUCCCAUCCCUUGUGUUUUUCUGGGUCUGCAGAAGCCUGUAAGUUGCCCAGAGAGUCCUAGAGCAGGAGGGGGCUGCAGAGCACCCGGGAGGAUGGAGCUGAGAACCCUGGCCACCCUUUCCCUCCCACAAGCAACUCCCUGUGGCAAGAAAGAGCAGGGCCCAGCCCACGCCGCCUCACAUCUCAUCCUAAUAAAGCUGGACAAUGGCCCCUGGCCACAUGGGAAACCCCA